UGACCGUGACAAUUGACAACUCGAGGCAAGGUAAAUAAAAACACGUGCGUCUUUGAAUUAAAAAUAACAAAUAAAAAGUGAAUAAGCAUCUCUACUGAUGUAUUUUAAUGUUUCCGAGCUGUGAGGACAUUUAAUAAUCAUGUCUUCAAAAUCAAGUAGUCAAAUAUUCACCGGUUCCAGAGUAUUAGGUUAUGUGAGUACACAUGUACCUUUUGUAGCCCGAUUUAUUAAAAGACGCGGAGAAACAUUGCUAUGUACAAGUGUUGGGAAGUGGUUUCAUACGUAUGGAUGUGAUAAGUUUCGUUUGCUUAGUAUAAGCGGUGAGCAUCCUGGGCCAAUCACUUGUAUGAGCGGCGACAACUUCUACGUAUAUACUGCUAGUGAAAACGACAUAUAUGCUUGGAGACGAGGAUGUGAACUGAAGCACGUUUACAAAGGACAUCAGGCAUCUGUUCACAAGAUAUUACCUUUCGGUAAACAUCUCAUAUCAAUAGAUAAAAACAAUGUAUUAAAGAUAUUUGACAUUAAAGACGAAACAGAAUUCUUGGAACUAAGUUUCAAUGAAAGUGAUUUUCAAAUAUCUACAAUAUGUCAUCCUCCAACUUAUCUGAACAAGAUAUUGCUUGGUAGCUGGCAAGGAAAACUUCAAAUUUGGAAUGUUCGCACUUCAAAGUUGGUAUACACAUUUGAUGGCUGGAAAUCUCCAGUAACUGUUACAGAGCCUGCACCCGCUGUGGAUGUAGUUGCUAUUGCUUUAGCCAAUGGGAAGAUCAUUUUACAUAAUUUGCGCUACAAUGAGAAAGUUAUGGAGUUUGUUCAUGAUUGGGGCAAGGUGAGUUGCUUAUCAUUCAGGUUGGACGGGAUCCCCGUAAUGGUGACAGGAAGCACUAAAGGUCAUAUUGUGAUGUGGAAUUUAGAAGAGAAGAGAGUGAUGUCACAAAUUCAAUCGGCUCAUUCCUCCCGUGUGGCUGGUCUGCAGUGCUUAUCAUCGGAGCCCUUGAUGGUGACAAAUUCACAAGAUAACUCUUUGAAGAUGUGGAUCUUUGAUAUGCCUGAUGGUGGUGCUAGACUUUUGAAGAUAAGGGAAGGGCUAUCUCGUCCUCCAAACUUGGUCCGCCAUUGUGAACCAACAGGAGAGAAUCUGUUAGCAGCUGGACGUGACAGUAGCCUGCACAUCAUGAAUACCAUCACGGAGACAUUUAAUAAGAGUAUGGGAAAAGCAUCUUAUAAUAGAAAGGCUUCUAAGAAGAAAAAGAGAACUGAAGUAGAUUACCUUGUUUUACCUCCAAUAACAAAACUAAGCUCUUGUAUGCAACGAGAUAAGCAAUGGGAUAGCAUAGCGUCUCUGCAUGAUGGCAUGUAUAUGGCCACCACUUGGUCGUACAACAGGAUAUGUAUGGGUGAACAUAAGCUGAAACCUCCCGAUAUGGAAAAAGGUGUUCAGGCCACGUGCUUGACGGUUACACAUUGUGGAAACUUUGUUGUUAUAGGUUAUACUAAUGGACAAGUGCAUAAAUUUAAUAUGCAGUCAGGUAUUUACCGAGGUUUUUAUGGGAAAGAGAAAAAAGCAGCCCACAAAGGAGCGAUCAGAGGAGUGGAGACAGAUCUUUGCAAUCAAAGAGUAUUUACAGUAGGUGCUGAUGAUAAAAUCAAAUUUUGGUAUUUCAAAUCAGCUACUACCCCAUUCCAUGUAUUAAAGUUAGAAGAAUCAGUAAACAGCACUAAGUAUCACAGAGACAGUGGCCUGUUAGCGCUGGCUAAUGAAGAUUUCACAAUAACUUUGGUUGACGUGGAUACUAUGAAAGUUGUGAGAAAAUUCGACGGACAUGUCGGUAAAAUUAAUGAUAUCGAUUUUGAUUGUCAAAGCAGAUGGUUGGUAAGCUCGUCGAUGGAUUGUACGGUUUGCACUUGGGAUAUACCCAGUGCACAACUUGUGGAUAUAUUCUAUGUAGAACAGCCGUGUACAUCAUUAAGUAUGUCCCCGACUGGGGACUACUUGGCUACAACACAUGUUGGAGAGUUAGGAGUUUUUCUUUGGGCCAACAAACUUUUAUAUGAAAGAGUUUUCCUUAAAGGCAUUGACAGGAAUGCAGUUGACAUACCCAAAUUAAAAUUACCAAACUCGGCAAUUGAAAAGCCGCAAAUAGAAGACAUAGGAAUCAUAGAUUUGGGUGAACCUGAAUAUAAAUCUCCUGAACAAAUAAGUAAAGAACUUAUAACUCUAUCCGAUCAACCGACUUCGAGAUGGUUGAAUCUUUUGAAUUUGGACAUUGUUAAAAUGAGAAAUAAACCGAAAACGGGAAUAACAGUUCCCAAAUCCGCACCAUUUUUCCUCCCUACCAUACAGAGUCUUGAACUAGAGUUCGAUUUAGAGAAGGACAAAGAGCUAGGAGAUAAAAAACUUCUAAUACCUGAAUCUUUAUCUACUUUGUCACCGUUUGCGAAGCAACUAGUCGCUUGUAACAAUUCAGAGGAAUAUGUACCGUGUGUGGAUAAACUCAAGACUCUAUCUCCCGCUGCAAUAGAGGCUGAAGUAAUUAGUAUGGGAAUAGACGCGGGAGGAUCCAUAGAGGUUAUGAAACAUUUCUUGUCUAUGGUCGGCUGUAUGCUUAAAAGUAACAGGGACUUUGAAUUAGCUCAAUCGUAUUUGGGUUUAUUCCUAAAAACUCAUACAAAAGCGAUAUCUCAAAGUAAUGAGUUGCUAAACGUACUGGAAACUGUUGAGGAGGCCGCGGCGGAGACGUGGUCGCGGCUUCAGACACAUCUCAUGUACAAUAUUUGUGUUGUUAAAGCAUUAAAAGAUAUGUAAGAGUUA